UCUUAACAAUUGUAAGUUAAACAGCUAAGGGUGGUGGAGUGUGAGGAGUUCUAUGACAUGGCUGCUGAAUCAAGCCCCUGUCCCUUUAAGCUCCUGACCAUCGAGCAGUUUGACUGGUUCCACCAGCCAAGCACAUCAUAUCAACACCAGGAUAUGAUGAUACCAUUCCCAGGACUGUCUCUGCUUCACAGUGAAUAACGGUUUACAUGACUAAAGGUGGAAAUGUCUGACUUCUUGGAAGGUUCUGGCAUCAUUCUUACCAACUAUAGCCCAGUGGCUUACCACGAUGCUACAAAUGGGACCUUAAUGGUUUUCCAGGGCUUGCAGCUGGUGCAACAGCUGAAGCUGCCAAUCGUCCUACUGUACACAGGUGUGGUUGUAAUUGGAAUUGUUGGUAACUGCCUUCUGGUUCAUGUCAUUGUGCGUGUCAGGAAGAUGCACAAUGUCACCAACUUCCUCAUUGGGAACCUAGCCCUUUCUGACAUGGCCAUGUGUGCCACUUGUGUCCCUCUCACCCUUGCCUAUGUUUUUGAGCCCCGUGGCUGGAUUUUUGGCAGCACCAUGUGCUACUUUGUCUAUUUCAUGCAGCCCGUCACAGUCUAUGUCUCUAUCUUCACCUUGGCCACCAUCGCGGUAGACCGGUACAUUGUCAUUGUGCACCCACUGCGGCGGCGUGUCUCUCUCCAGCUCAGUGCCUACAUGGUACUCUUCAUCUGGAUUCUCUCUUGCUGCUUGGCACUGCCAGCCAUGGCACACACCUAUUAUGUGGAGCUGGGUCAACAAGAAGUCACACUGUGUGAGGAAUUCUGGGGGGAGCAAGAGCACCAGAGGCAAACCUAUGCUUUGUGCCUACUGCUCAUCACCUACUUCUUCCCUCUGCUGGCCAUCCUGAUAUCCUAUAUCAAGAUCUCUCUCAAACUAAAGAACAGGAUUGUGCCAGGCAGUGUCACCCAGAUCCAGGCAGACUGGGACAAAGCCAGGCGGAAGAGGACAUUCUGCCUGUUGGUCAUAGUAGUGGUGGUUUUUGGGGUGUGCUGGUUUCCCCUUCAUAUCUUCAAUCUUAUUCGGGAUAUUAAUAUUAAUGCCAUUGAUCCCUAUUAUUUCAGCCUGGCUCAGCUGUUUUGCCACUGGUUUGCCAUGAGCUCUACAUGCUACAAUCCAUUCAUAUAUGCCUGGCUACAUGACAGCUUUAGGGAAGAGCUGAAAAAAUUGAUCUCCUGGCAUAAGAAAGUAGUUCCUAUUGGGCAAAGUGUGACUGUAAGUGUUAUUAUCUGAUCAGUUCCUUUAUAUCUGGUCUUGUGAUAAGACACCAAGUUUCUGAUGUGUCUGAGAAAAAUGAUUCAAUGUUGUGCAUAACAAACUCUACAUAUUUUCAUUGGUCAAAAUUCAGCAACUGUUCUUUUUCAUGGAUAGGGCUCAACUACAUAUCCGUGUAAAAUAAACUCACAGUGCACUCUGCAGAUGGAUCCUCUGGAAGGAAUGAUUAUGGAAUGGAAAAAAUAGAAAUUGAGAUGUGAUUUUUUUUUAAUUUAAAAAGACCCUUUCCCUCCUUUAAACUUUCUGCAUAGAUUCUUUUGAAAUAUUUGUAAAAUUAGUACAUAAGUGCUGAGAUUUUACUUUGCCUUCAUAUAAUGUAGUAGGACGCAGUUCAUAAGGGAUGUAAAUGUGAUUAAUAACUUGUAUGUGUAUGUGUAUUUAGAAUUCUGCUGAUUUGUGUGUUAUAUAUUAUGAUGAAUUCUAACUAUAGAGUCAUAAAAGCUUUCCUGAACCAGUAAAUCUCGUUAAAAUGUCAACAUUUCAAGCUACAUGUUAUGAUUUUGUACAUUUCCUCAGGUCUCUGAAAUCAAUACUUGUUCAUCAUUUUCGUUAUCUGAGAUCAUGCUGGAUAUAUGAAGAAGCUCAAUUGCAUCUCUCAAGGGGAAUAUCAACUAUAAUCUAUGAGCUCAAGAUCAUUUAACUGCAACUAUCAUAGAUGGAAGCAGGAUAGACAUAGUAAUCUGUA